AUGGAAGAGGCUGACUGGACCACCCUUUCCUCCUCCUCUGCCCCACUUUCCUCCCCCGGCUCCCCUGCGUCCCCCACCUCCCCCACGUCCCUCGCCCCGCUGCCGCCAGUGGAGCAUCUGAUCCCGCUAGAGGCCGCCAUUCUCGUGGCCGCGCACCCCCACCGAGCAGCCCUUACCAUCGCUCCCCCCCCGGGCCUGCUCGACCUGGGCUGGCAGGCCGUGCGCCUGCACGCCCUCCGCCCCAAGCUGCUCGCCUUCUGUGCUCAGCUGGCGGAACAGCAGCAGCAGCAGCAGCAGCAGCAGCGGCGGCGGCGGCAUUCUGCCUCUCGUCUCACAGCCCCCUUCACACCCCCCAACUUCAAAACACCCUGCACCACCCCCGCCCCACCCGUCAUGCCCACUAUCCGCCAGCUCAGAGCAGCCGGCCGGCAUGACCUCAUCGCUGACAUCAGCGCUGCCGGCGGCCAGCUUGCAGUGGCGCAGGCGCUGGGGUUUGCCGCCCGGCGCCGCCCGACGGGUUUCUGGGAGGACUUGGGGAACGUGGACGAGGAGAUCGAGGCGUUUGUGUCGCGGUUCUGGGUGGUGGAGUGCGGUGCCACGGAGAGUAGGCAGGAGGAAGCAGAGGGAGGAAAGGGGGAGGGGACCACGGAAAGUUUGUAUCUGGGUCGGGUGCGGCUCCGCAACUUCUUGUCGGGGGAGGUGUUGAGUGCGGUGCUGAGGGAUGAAGAGGCGGUGCGUGCUGCCAUGGCCGCCGCUGCUGCUGCUGCCCGAGCUGUCGCUCUUGCUCUCGCUGCGUCUCGCGCUCGUUGCAGUGCUGCUGCUGAAGGUGAUGAAAGUGGAGGUGGUACUGAUGCUGCUGAUGAUCAUAGCAGUGGUGGCGAUGGUAGUGCUGUUACUGGUGAUACUGCUGCUGGUGAAACAGCAGAGCCUUCCUUUUCCGAGCUGUUGCAGCGAGCCACUCGUUGGCCCUCAGAUGCUGCUGCUACCGCCUUCACCAGCAGCGGCAGCAGCAGCAGCAGCAGCAUCAGCGAAAGCACUGGAAGCAUUGGGUGGGAAGCAGAGGGCAGUUUCAGCAGUGGCAGCGGCGGCAGCAGCAGGAGUGUGUUUGAUGACGGGCAAGGGUUGGUGGUGGCGAGUGCGGAAGGCAGUGCGGUGAUGCCGCGUGUGAGGGAUGUGGUGGGUGCAGGGCGGUACGAUCUGCACCAUGCCAUCGUGCUGCAUGGUGGUUACCGCCUCGUGGCCAGGGAGCUGGGCCGUGAGAGUGGGUGCUGGGGCGGGCUGGAGAGUGUGGCGGUGCGUUGGGAGGGUGGGGGAAAUGGUAGUGAUGAAAGCGGCAACGCUGAGAGCAGCAACGGUGGGAGCAGCAGUGGUGGUAACGGCAGGCUGAGGAGGCGGGUGGGGCGGGGGGCGCGGCAGCAGAUGCUGGAGGCGACAGCAGGCAGGGUGAGAGCACUCAUGCUCACGCACAGCCUCUCCACCUUCCCCACCUCCUCCCAAAUUCUCGCCCUUGCCGCUCCUCCAGCAACCCCAACCACUCAAUCGGAGGAGCGUGGGUCACGAAACUCUCCCCGUGUCACGCCCCACGCCUCUGCCUGGGAGGGCGAGCAGCUGGUGGCAUCAGAGCGGCGGUGUGGAGGCAUGGAGGAGUGUGCUUCUGCAAGUGCGUCUGCCAUGCCCCAAGGCCCAGCAGGUGCCUGGGAGGGCGAGCAGCUGGUGGCGGCGGUGCGGCGCAGUGGGGGCCCGGGGGCAGUGGCAGACUACCUGGGCGUGCGGCUCAGCAAGCGGGGCCGCGGGCACUGGGCAGACGAGCAUGUGGCAGCUGCUGCUGUGCGCUCCUUCCUCCUCCGCCACUGGGGCCUGCUCCCCCCGUCCCUCCAACCACCCUCCCCUCAGCUACUCACUCCCCACCCAUCUCACCAGCCUUCCUCCCAGCCUCUCACCCCUCCUCAACCCGCCCACUCCCCGCUGCCUCCCCUUGCUCCUCCUGAUCCUCUCCUAGAAUGGGACGAGGAGGAGGAGAGGGCGGUGUGGGAGGAGGCGGUGAGGGGGGGCGUGGUGGAGAGGCAGGGGCGGGGCUUCCCCACAGACGUGCAGCUGGUGGCGGCUGGGCGGCUGGACGUGAGAUACAUUCUGCGCAAGUUCGGCCGAGAAGCCAUUGCUCAGGCCCUAGAGCUUUUGAGAAUUCUCGAAAGCGCCUCCUCUUCUACAGAGUGCGCUGCUUGUCUUGUCGCCUGCUUGCCGGAAUCCUCCCCCUUGGAAAAACCCGCCGAAGCGCCGACAACGCUCCCCCAGCCAGCAUCACACGCUUCUCUCCCCGCUCCUGCGUCGCUUCCCACGCCUGACGGAGUGAAGAGUGCAGGUCCUUCCCCCGUGGCGGUAAAGGCAACGGCAGAGGAGCUGGCAGCACCGUCGCUCCCCCAGGCAGCACCACCCGCCUCUCUCUCCGCGCCCUCAUCUCUUCCCCCACCAUCUGCACCCUCCUCACUCCCCGCACCACCAGCUGUUGCAUCAGCCCCACUGCCAGCAGCAGCCCCAUCAUUGCCCCAGGGAUCCGCACCCGCUUUGCUGCCUGCGCCACAACCGAGUGAUGGUGACAAGAGUGCAGGUCCUUCCCCCGUGGCGGUAAAGGCAACAGCGGAGGAGCUGGCAGCACCGUCGCUCCCCCAGGCAGCACCACCCGCUUCUUUCCCCGUGCCUGCGCCUCUUCCCCUGCCAACUGGACCCUCCCCUCUCCCUGCUCCUCUAGCUGUUGCAUCAGCCUCACUGCCUAUGGCAGCCCCGUCACUCCCCCAGCCCUCCACAGCUGCUUCUCUCCCUGCUCCCACAUUUCUUGCCCCACCUUCUGCACCCUCGCUACUCCCAGCGCCAGCAGCAGGUUUGUCGGCUCCCCCACCCAAGGCGCCCCCAUCGCUGCCCCCCAUACCUGCACCUGCUUCUCUGCCUGUACCACUUGCAAAAGAGGAGACUGCAGAUGGGAGUGAAACAGCAGAGAGGGAGAAGAUAGGAAACGGGGCUAACUGGGAGGAGCGUAGGCUUUUGAGGGGUGUUCGCAGGUCAUGA